UGCAUCCACACCAUGACCAGCCGGAAAGCGCGGGCCCCCUACCUGUGCGGCCGCCUUGUCAUCGACAUAAAGAGGCUCGAGACGGCAUCCUUAAGCCUCAAGACACCGGCAGUCACGCGCGAAAGCCGCCACGUGUCGGUCUUCGCCCGCCUCGAUAACGCGAUUCUUUUCCAAGGGACGAGCAUGGGUUACGGUGGUGGCGGAGCGGAGGAGGGAAAGAGCUGGGGAAGAGAUGCGGAGAUGGUGUCGAGCCGUUGCGGGAGGUGGGGCAGCGGGUGGACCCAUUCGCUCGAGAACUUUCAUACGCCUUUCGAAUCUCUCCCGUACCACCACUUCGUCUCGCUACAACCCCCAUUGUCCUCGACACCCAUGUUCUUCAACGCUAUCGACAAGCAGAACUUACCAAGCACUGUCGUUUCAGGCUGUUGCUGCGCGGAUGAGGCGGCCUCCCACAAGCCCGCUAUGCCUCUUGCAACUAUGUCUCCUGCGACCGGCUCGGCGUCGGGAGCGUUUCCCAACAACCUCACUAUUAGCCGCUUUCGCUGA